UGGGCUGGGAUAGAGUUUUAUAGCAGAUUCCGUUGACAGGCGGCGUCGUUUUGUUAUUCGAAGAGCGAGAGAGCAACGGAGACGAAGGCAGAAGUGUUCAGAAGAUACACACACUCACCUGGAGCAGAGUCUACAGAGGCUGUUUAGGAUAUUGAGUGUUUGAAGCGGAUGAGGGCAGCCCCCAGUAGGGCAAGUGUGUGCUGUGGCGGGGUUCAGUUAGCGAAAGAUGAACAAAAACCACAGAGUGCCGAGCAACCGAACUCUGAGCGCCGUGGAGGUGAAGAGCAAGUUUGGAGCAGAGUUCAGAAGGUUCUCUCUGGACCGGUCUAAACCAGGCCGUUUUGAUGAAUUCUAUGGACUACUGCAGCACGUACACCGUAUCCCAAAUGUUGACCUAUUGGUGGGUUAUGCCGAUGUCCACGGUGAUCUGUUGCCAAUCAACAACGAUGACAACUACCACAAGGCCAUCUCCACUGCAACACCCUUGCUCCGCCUCUUUUUGCAAAGAAAAGAAGAGGCAGACAACUCUGCAUUCGGCACAGACUCUUUGACCCGUAAGAAGUCACCGGCGGCUCUGGCUGCAGUUCUACUUCGUCCCGACGCCAACAGGAAGAAGCCACCAGUCAUCAUCAGCCUGCCCCGGGACUUCCGGCCCGUGUCCUCCAUCAUCGACGUGGACAUCUUGCCGGAGACACAUCGCCGUGUUCGCCUCUACAAGCACGGCCAAGAGAAACCUCUGGGCUUCUAUAUACGAGACGGCUCCAGCGUACGCGUUACACCCCAGGGCCUGGAGAAAGUCCCUGGCAUAUUCAUCUCCCGCAUGGUACCUGGUGGUCUGGCUGAGAGCACUGGUUUGUUGGCUGUUAAUGAUGAAGUACUGGAGGUCAACGGCAUCGAGGUGGCCGGGAAAUCCCUGGAUCAGGUGACGGACAUGAUGAUCGCCAACAGCCAUAACCUGAUCAUAACUGUGAAACCAGCAAACCAGCGCAACAAUGUGGUGCGGAACGCCAACAGCGGAGGCGGGGCCACAUCCGGGAGUUCCGGACGGUCUUCUGACAGCGGCACUAGUUUCUAUGGUUACUCGGCACCAGGGGCCAUGGCGAUGACCCCAUCACAUAUCAUUCAGAAUUUCCGGCCUGAGGAGGUGGAAAGCGAGGAUGAUGAAGAGGACCUGGUUAUAGAGGCUGGAGGAGAGGCCAAACUCAUUCCAAAGGCACCGGCAGGAGCAACAGCCAGCACUAGCAUGCCAGCUCUGCCCAGGUACGAGCCACACCUUAACCUCCGGACAUCCAACGGUGCCAUGGCAACCAGCACCAGCGUGGGGUCCUUAAGUGCUCCUGACAGGGGACAGGAGAGGCAGAACCUGGAGGAGGACGGAACUGUCAUCACACUGUAGAGAA